UGAGAAGCAGGAAGCAUCGCGGUCAAAUCCAGGCCUCGGCGGAAUAUUCCCUAAGCUGAGCUGCCAGCAGAGGAGUUAUGAUGGAAGAAUUCUUUUUUACAAGAAGUCCUGAGCCCCAGCACAAUAGCCAUCUGUGGCAGGGAGAAGAUGAAACUCCGCUAUUGGAGCAGAUCAACUAUUCCCACAGCACUUGGCCUGCUCAAACACAUCCGAGCUUAGAAUAUGUUUUCCAAACAAAUUCGACGGCACUUGAAGCACAAACCAUCGGCCAUGGUCAGCACGACGGGCUGCAAAUCCAAGCCGGCGUGGCAUAUAAUUCACUACCUUUGGAGAACUCGAUGAUUCUCGACCCACAAUCCGGGGUCACAGCUCAUUUUGAAAACCUUGAAUAUCCGCCUAGCCAACAACAAACGUUUACACCUGCUACCCAGACCUCAAGCCCGAUUCUUGAGCAGGUUGUUACUAGAAGGUUCACCUGUUUUACCUGUUCAAAGACAUACGCGACUAAUUAUGGUUUGAAGAGGCAUCAGUCAAUACAACACAGCCAACUUUCUUCGGGUUUGCAAACUUACACAUGUAAACUUUGCAACACAGAGUUUACGCGCAAAGACACCCUACAGCGUCAUUUAAAUAGGAUACAUGAGAGUGACGAAAUUCGUUGUAGGAAAUUACAAUCUGACGGUUCGAGCUGAAAGUAUGGGCUUUGGGCUUCUGAGCGGUUGGUAAUGGGUUAGGCAGCAGGGAGUAUUUUUGUCUUUGACAGGCUUAGUUUCAGCGGUUCUGGAUGCCCUCCGAAGCGUGCUUUUUGUAGGUUCAUUUGUGUAACGAGAGACUGGUUUUGAACCCAGGAGUAUCACAAAAAUACGUUGCUGUGUAAUCGUUUCCCGACUUCUGAUUACGGCAGAGCUUUGGAAAGAAAUUGAG